AUGCCUCUGGGGCAUGUACAGGUGCAGACCUCGCAAAACGAGCACUUUUGCAUCGAGCCCAGGCAAAGAAAGCCUUCGGUACUCGCAAAUGCCCUCAGUGGCACUGUGGGCUCUGUCUUGGCAGAAGCUGUUCUUUUCCCUGUGGACACUAUCAAGCUCAAGGUCCAAACGGCCAGUGCCACUGAUCAUCGAGGCUUCUUACUGACGCUUUUUUCCGUGCUGGGUAGUGUUGGCAUCAAGGGACUCUACCGUGGGAUCGGAGCAGCCCUCAUUAAAGAGUCCAUACACAGCUUGAACUACUGGAUCUUCCACGGCAGCCUCUUCCGACUCUUUACGGAGUUUGAAGAUACUUCAGCCACAUCUCCAAUGAGGAGGCUCUUAUUGAACCUCGUUUCCAAGCAACUCAACUGGCUCUGCACAGUUCCCUUCGAAGUGGUCUCCAGUGUAAAUCAGAUGUCAGCAAAGGCACCUGGCUUUGUGGCCACUGCCCGUGUUUUGUAUCUCGAGGGUGGCAUCAAAGCUUUUUACCGGGGCCUCACGGUGUCUUUGAUCCUGGCCAUCAACCCAGCGAUUAUGAACACCUUGAUCACCUCCAUGCUCCGCAUCAGGGCCUUGCUGCGGGAAUCCAUGGGCGAGGACCAUUUGGAGGCCCGGAAUCAUUCGGCUGCCGUGGUGGGCGGCAUCACGGGGCUGUCGAAGAUCGUGGCGACCAUCUUGACAUACCCGUUGAUUCGCGCCAAGGUCUUACAGCAAACCGUUCCUCAACAUUCCCAGGCGGCAUUUCCAGAGGUGAUGCGGAGGGUGCUGAUCUCUGAGGGUGUGAGUGGCUUGUACCGAGGAAUGCUGGCCAUGAGCUAUAAGACUAUCCUGUGGAACACUCUGAUGAUGAUGUUCAAACAUCUACUGGGUCCCAAGCGUCCGAUGACACCACCAGACUCGCCUCGACCUGGACUGCUUCAGCAGGUGCCGCAUAUGGCCAGGGAGCCCUUCCCGGCGGAAUACACCCAGGAGAAGCUAGAUGAGAUUCUGGACUACCUGCGUCGUGGGGGCAGCAGCGGAAAGAAGGUUGAGGCCCUGGAGAACCGCUUGGAGGAGGUGAGCGGCGAAUUGCGCGAAGUGCGCAAGCUCCUGUCCCAGCUGGUCGCACGGUCUGGCGACGUCCAGUCCCUGCAGUCCGGCUUUUCGUUUGUGCCAUCCGGCGUGGCCGGACGCGAGGCACGAACUCCUGGACCUCAAAAAGAGCCUGCGAAAAAAUACGCAAACCAAAAACAUGAUCCAAAGCAACCCAAUAGCGAAGAAGCGAUGGCCUCCAACCUAAUAGCGAUGGCCUCCAACCUAAUAGCGAUGGCCUCCACCUGCGAAGUCUAG